AUGGAGAAACAGAGUAAGCCGAAGAACAACAACAACAACAACCAUCACAACGUACUGAAGUUCCUCAAAGUAGCUUCCUCGAUCAACUUCAACAACCCAACUUUCAGCCCGACCCGAGACCAGCAGCCCUUCUCCGACCACAAUAAAGUACCGAAUUACCAGGGGAAUUACAGAGGAUUCUCCGGCCCGAUUUUCCUGCCGAAGGUUCCCCGACAAGUCCGCGGGCAAUUCAAGUCCGGCGAGGCGGCCGAGGAGCCGACGUCGCCGAAGAUCUCCUGCAUCGGGCAAAUCAAGCACAAGAAGUGCGGUAGCAAGAAGGCCGCGGUUCUUCCCAAGCCGGCGGCGAAAGAGAAGAAACAGAGCAAGAAGUCGUCGGAGCAGAAAAACCCGAAGCCGCAAGCCGGGUCGCCCGGGAUCUGGAAGAUAUUUGGGUCCGCGUCGUUCAAAUUGGGGCCGUCGUCGGCUCCGGGGAGGAAGAGGAGAUCCAACAGUACUUCCGCCGCCGACAAUUUAUUUGUCUCCGACGAAGAGGGGAUGGGAUCGGGGCAGCCGCUGCCGGACCGGGCGCCCGGUUUGAGCCAGAUGAGGCGGUUUGCGAGCGGGCACCGGGACGGGUUGGGGGAUUUUGAUUGGACGGCUCGGAUUGUGCCAGAUCAUGAUCAGUUUAGCCGGGGGUAUGACUCCGAUGGUGACGAUGGCGGGUACAGCGACGAUGAGGUGGGGGCGAAGGAUGCGAUGAUUCCCUUCUCGGCGCCGAUUCGGAUCGGUACGGCUGCUGACGUGGAAGGAUUGAGGCUGAGGCCCCGGAAAGAAGUGAACCUGUGGAAGAGGCGGACCAUGGAGCCGCCCCGCCCGCUCCAAGUGGUCGGGUCGGGUUCUUUUCAUUGA